GGCAGAAUGGCUCCCGCAAAGAAGGGUGGCGAGAAGAAGAAGAGCCGUUCUGCCAUCAACGAGGUGGUGACCCGAGAAUAUACCAUCAACAUUCACAAGCGCAUCCAUGGCGUGGGCUUCAAGAAGCGUGCUCCUAGGGCACUCAAAGAAAUCCGGAAAUUUGCCAUGAAGGAGAUGGGGACUCCAGAUGUGCGGAUUGAUACCAGGCUCAAUAAAGCCGUCUGGGCCAAAGGAAUAAGGAAUGUUCCAUAUCGUAUCCGGGUACGUUUGUCCAGAAAACGUAAUGAGGAUGAGAACUCACCAAACAAACUCUACACAUUGGUAACUUACGUGCCUGUUACCACAUUCAAAAAUCUACAGACAGUCAAUGUGGAUGAGAACCAACCUACUGAAUCUCAAAUAAAAUGCUCAGAUACCUGUUCCUCUCAUGUGCACAUAACCUGUGUCCUGGGGCCAGGAACAGGAAAUAGUCCAAACACAGAUGUUCGGAGGAAGGAGUAA